UGUGGAGGAAGUGCAGCCGGGCGGCCGGUUGUUCCCGAGCUGCUCGUAUGUCGGCACUUUGCAAUACCUCCGCGACGCCUUCGCCAGUCUCGGCCUCCAGGCACAUGGAAAGCCCGGGACACAGUCCCUGCGCCGGGGGGCGCUUCAGACAAUGGAAUCG